UCGAACGACUUUAUUCAACUCCAAAAUCCCUAUGCAUGAUGACGAUGCAUGGACAUCGUAUGUUAACGAUCGCGAUAUUAAAGCGGGAUCGAUCUUGAGAGGCGUAAUGGCGGCAACUUCACUCUUUCCUACACUUUUGUUACGUUCAUUUGGAUUACCGACUCUCACUGUCUAAGUAACGAAAUCUUUGGGCUUGAUUUUGAUCUAGACCAUUCAGUCAUCAUGCCUCUCCCAGCACCGGAUGAUUACUCGGCUGUUAAGGCUUUCUUCACAGCCAAAGAAUGGGCAGAGACCAGUGACUAUGAGAAGCUUCGUCUCAAGAACAUCAAAGAGAACUACGAGAUGAUGAUUGAAGUUGGGUUACAGGUUGGUCCUCCAGAGUUCAUGCGACCUCGGCGAGGAAGAAAGAAACAAAUCGUUGAGGAGAGUGACAGCGAGGACAAGGAAUGGAAACCUAAGAGAGCUAAAAAGAAAUCAAGAGGUAAGAGCCAGGGUUAA